AUGGGAUCCUGGAAACGCUGUAUUUUCAGCUUGUCUAUCAUUAGUGCCCUGAUUUUUGUGUUUGUUUACAAUAACAAGUUACAGGAGAAUAAGCGUUUUCUGAAGGCAGCACUGUCAAACACUUCACUCUUGGUAGAAGUCUGCCAUCAGAUUUUUACGGGGAAGGUUUUCUACCUAACAGAAAAUGCAUUGAAAACGACCUUCAAUGCAGCUACCUGUUAUGAGUACAUGGUUCAAAGUCACUAUAUAACAGAAACUCUCUCUGAAGAAGAAGCUGCAUUCCCUUUGGCUUUCACAGUGACCGUCCACAAAGACUUUGAAACGUUCGAGAGGCUUUUCAGGGCGAUUUACAUGCCCCAAAAUGUCUACUGCGUUCACGUGGAUGAGAAGGCGGCGGAGACGUUUAAAGAUGCGGUGAAGCGGUUACUGAGCUGCUUCUCCAAUGCUUUUCUGGCUUCCAAGCUGGAGCCCGUUGUCUAUGGUGGGAUUUCCAGGCUCCAGGCUGAUCUCAACUGCUUGGGAGACCUCGUGGCCUCCCAGGUUCCCUGGAAGUAUGUGAUCAACACCUGCGGGCAAGAUUUCCCCCUGAAAACCAACAGGGAGAUACUUCAGUACUUGAAAGGGUUUAAAGGGAAAAAUAUAACUCCAGGGGUGCUGCCCCCUGAUCAUAUAAUUGGACGGACUAAGUACGUCCACCGAGAAUUCUUGAACAAGAAAGAUUCCUAUGUGAUUAAAACAACAAAAUCAAAAACGCCACCUCCUCACAACAUAACCAUUUACUUUGGCACUGCCUAUGUGGCCCUCACAAGGGAAUUUGCUAACUUUGUCCUCCAAGAUCAACGUGCACUUGACUUACUCUCCUGGUCCAAGGACACCUACAGCCCGGACGAACAUUUCUGGGUGACACUCAAUAGGAUCCCUGGUAUGUAUGUCUCUCAAGUUUUGUUUUUGUGA